AUGUCGACGACGGCGCACAAGGUGGCCACGCACGCCGCCGCGACGGCCAGGGGAAGGCGGCGGCGGCCGCCGAGCGUGCUGAGGGAGAUCGUGUACGGCAUGAGCCUGGGCCUCUUGGCGGGUUACUUGUGGAAGCUCCACCACUGGAGCAACCGCCGCCGCACCCGCGAGUUCUACAGCCUGCUCGACCAGGGCAAGAUCACCGUCGUCGCCGGCGACGAGCCGCCCGCCCGGUGCUGA